AGGUUGACAAUAAAAUUUUCGUAAAAGUUUCAGCAACUCCUCACUAGUGGCGGAGUCAUUCAGUCACGGUCCCUGAAAUUUAUUACAUACACCGGAUAUUUACAGUUUACUACUUUGAUUUACUAUUCUUUUGGCUAUGAAUCAACAUGGACCUCAAAACAUUUAGUGGCGAUGAUUUUGAUCCUAAAAAAUGGAUCAACAGAGCCUGGAGCACAAGUGGUAAUCAGGAAAAGGAGGCAUUUGUGGCAAGCACUGUCGCAAGAUUGCAGCUGUAUAUGAAACAAUUGACUAAUUCCUUAGAUGAAACUACAACUCAGAUUGUGACCACUGUCCCCAAGGUACUGCAAGAUGCGUCGACGCUGCAGAUGGAAGGAGAGAUGCUGCAACAGAAGCUGUCGACACUGGAGAGGCAGGUGGAGGGUGUUGAGGAGCAGACAGGACAGUCCAUCAAGAGCCUGCAGAAGAUUGACCAGCUCAAGACGAGAUUAGAGAACGCGGCGUCGACGCUGCGCGAGGCGGACAAGUGGGCGGCGCUGGCGGCGGCACUGGACGAGGUGCUGGAGGCGGGAGUGCCCACAGCGCCCCACAAGCUAGCCGAGCUCGCCGACCAGGUCGCCGCCAUGACCGCCAGCCUUGAGGUGUUGAGCGACUCGCCGGACUACGACCUGAAGCGCGUGCAGCUUGAGACGCUGUACAACCGCCUGGAGGCCGCCGUCGCGCCGCCGCUGCUGCAGGCGCUCACUGACAUGGACGCUGAGCGCACGGGCGUGUACGUAGUGGUGCUGCGCGGCAUGGGGCGGGGGGCGGGGGCGAGCCGGCUAUGGGCGCGCGCGGCCGCCGCUCGCCGCGCCGCCGCCUGGGCGCGCGCCGACCCGCCGGACCUGCGCGCGCUUGCACGGACCGUCGCCGCAGACGCCGACAGACAGGUGGAGUGGCUGACGACGGUGGUGCGGUCGGAGACGCCGCUAGGGGACCUGGUGCGCCUCUACACCGACCUGCUGCUGUCGCUUGAGCCGUCACCCAUUAAGGUGGUAGUGGCGAACUACAAGCUGUGCCAGUCGCCGGAGGAGUGUCUGACGCAGCUGACGGACGUGCGUGCCGACAUCGACCACUUCGUCGCCGGCGUGCGCGCGCUCCUCGACGCGCCCAGACAGAACAAGGAGGUUGUGGGUGCGAGCACGCUGCGCGAGUUCGGACGCGCGGCGUACGGGCCGCUGCGCGCGCUGCUGCCGCGGUACACGGACGCGCAGUCGCAGCUGCUGCGGUCGCGCCUGCACAGCGCCCUUAGCGACCAAGAAGACCUGGCGGAGUACUCGCGCGCGGUGGUGACGGCGGUGGAACGCGCCGAGGGCUGGCUCAGCUCCGCCCACAGCUGCGGCCGUAAGAUCGCCGGCGCCGCGCUGUACCCGCACCACGCGCCCGCCCUACACGCCUUCGUGUCAAGCGCUGUGGACGUGAUAAACCAGCACACGCGGCGCAUCGAGGCCACGUUCCUGGCGGAGGCGUCCGCGGGAGGCGGGGGCGGCGUGCUGAGCGGCACCUUCCCCGCCGCGCUGCUGUUGGGCGGCGCCGCCGACGCGCUGCUCGACCUGCUGGCCAAGAGACAUGCUGCAGAGCAGGAUGAAGGUCCUCAAGACCCCCACCCGCUGGAGGACCUGGUGACCCUGCUGCUGGAGGCGGAGGGACGCUUGGCGCUCGCUAACCGCCCGCCGCCGCCCGCCUGCGCCGCGCUGCGUAAAUCCCGAGACACCCUAAAGAGCCUAGCCAGGACUAUACUGCGGAACCCUGUUGAUGUGCAGUUAGAGAAGAUCCCCUCGCUGUCGGUGUGGCACAACAACGACUCGCUGUCCACCGAUCUGCCGGACUUCGCGCUAUCGCCACAGGAGUAUAUUACUGAGAUUGGUCAAUACCUCAUGACUCUGCCGCAGCAUCUUGAGAUGCAUUUGUCGGACAAACAAGCGCCGUUGCAGUUUCUAUCCGAGGUUUGCACGCACACAUGCGAGGUGUACGCGCAGAAGAUACUGAACAUCCGCAACAUGGACGCGCUCGGCACCAAGCGCUGCCUCACCGACAUUGUGUACUUGUCAAGCGUGGUGGAGGAUCUCGGCGGUAGCAUGACGCCCGCGCUCAGGAACUUGGAGAGGUCCUUACGCGCUACCACGCCCAGUCAAACUGAAUAAAUAUUUAUUUAUUAUUU